AUGGCUUUAUAUAAUUUUAAACGGAUCCAGCCGAUUCCUACGGCAAAUGAUUUUUUGGAUAUCGUGCUCUCAAAGACACAGAGAAAGACACCAACUGUAAUUCACAAGAAUUAUAAAAUUGGUCGAAUAAGGCAAUUUUAUAUGCGCAAAGUCAAAUUUACUCAAGACAGUUUCGAUGAAAGAUUGAAUGCCAUUCUUGAGGAAUUCCCGAAACUUGACGACAUUCAUCCAUUCUAUUCAGAUUUAAUGAAUGUAUUGUAUGAUAAAGAUCAUUACAAAUUAGCCUUAGGUCAAAUUAAUAUUGCGCGUCAUCUUAUUGAUCAAGUUGCCAAAGAAUAUGUCCGUCUAUUAAAAUUUGGUGAUUCAUUGUAUCGCUGCAAGCAAUUGAAAAAAGCAGCUCUUGGAAGAAUGGCUACCAUUAUGAAACGCCAAAAAGAUAGCCUAUCAUAUCUGGAACAAGUUCGGCAACACUUGGCUCGGUUACCUUCAAUAGAUCCAAAUACUCGUACAUUAUUAAUUUGUGGAUAUCCAAAUGUUGGUAAAUCUAGUUUCAUGAAUAAGGUUACUAGAGCAGAUGUUGAUGUGCAACCUUAUGCUUUCACUACAAAAUCGUUGUUUGUUGGGCAUAUGGAUUACAAAUAUCUUAGAUGGCAGGUAAUCGAUACUCCCGGCAUAUUAGAUCGUUCGCUUGAACAGAUGAACACCAUUGAAAUGCAAUCUGUCACAGCCUUGGCGCAUCUUCGCGCAUGUAUCAUGUUUUUUAUGGACCUCUCAGAACAAUGCGGAUAUAGUGUUGCAGAACAGAUAACACUAUACCAAAAUGUCAAACCACUUUUUGUCAAUAAACCAACAUUUAUUGUCAUAAAUAAAAUUGAUGUCACGAGACCAGAAGAUAUACCUGCUGAAGAACAAGCAAUGCUAAAAGAAAUUAGCGAAAAGGAUGAUGUUCAGAUAGUUCAGCGAACGAUCUAA